AUGUGUCAUCCUUUCUUCCAACUUCCGUUGAUUGGGUCAUACGAUGACGAGAUGUCUGGCCUCGACUCAAGUACUCCAUCAUCGAAUGUUCGAUCAAAUGGGUUUCCAACAGAAGGUCAUCCCUCGCCCUCAGGCUCCCAAAGUUCAGAAGGAAUUCCGCCUACUGAUGGUUAUGGACCUGUUGGGACAGUGAGUAGUCCAUGGGGAGUCUACGCCCCUGCUCCUACUAAUCCAUCAUUGCCCGCAUCACCGCACAUUCACUCACCCACUCAAGGAUCUCCCAUUGUCGAGCGAGAAGAUACACCAGCGAACAAUACCGGCGUGACUACUGCGGCUCUGAGCACUCCAAUAACAGGUUUUGAUAUGUCGAACCCUCCACAUACCCAAUUCUCUGAUGCUCCUCCACCGGCUGACUCAGUCAUACGGAGUUUGGCCAACUCCCUACAGCAGAUUCAGACUCAAAAUGGGCCACGGCGUGCAGCUUCCGUACCUGUUGUUAGGGACACGGCCGGAGACGCAAGUGUAAGAGGUAACCAUCAAAGUGCUGUUCAUCAUCACAUGCUGUAUUUGACUAGAAGACUUCAAGUUGUGGGGCCAGACCACCAUGACUCCAAGAGUCCAGAAGAUGGACCACAGGAUAUCUGUACUGUGAUUUAUCUCCGGAGGUGCACGUCUCCGGCCGUGUCCUCAACACCUGUCACUCGUGAGACAAUACAUGUCAAUGGACUUCCUCAUCCUCACGGUCUGGACGGAUUACAUCUUACCAACCAAUCUCAUACGUCAAGUGGCCCUCCGUCAGGAUCGCUUCCACCACCACCGCCACCAGAAAGUGUACCAUACCUUGAUGGUGAUAUGUCUCAUCCAUCUCAGUCAGCAGCUCCUUACCCCCCGCCGCCUGGAUAUCCUCCAUCUAAUCAUGGCUGGCCGCCAGUGUGGGUGGUACCAUCCCAAGAUCCCAAUAGACAGCCCAUUCCUUUCCCGACUCAUGUCUCUGGGACGAAUGUAUCUUCCCAUCCUUAUCCACCAAAUCCCGCUCCUUCUCAAACCGUACUCAUGCCCUACGUUCCGGUUUUCCAGGUACCUCUUUCGGAAGAAGGUCAGGCUGAAAUUGAUGUGGACUCAAUCAUUCAACCUGCCCCCCGGCAGGUUUCAGACAGACGUUCAACCUCUCAUCGCGUACCAAACGCAGAUACGAGACGUUCAACCUCUUAUCGCGCACCAAACGCAGAUACGAACCAGCGGCAUGACGAUGAACGUCAAUCGACAAGCCGCAGACAUAGAGAAGUCAGGUCGGUCUCGUCUAGCGCUGAGACCACUGGGCACACGAAGACACUGGGCUCCCAUGGUCCGACGGAUGGUUCACUGCAAGUAGGACGGGAGGGUUUUAGUGCAAAGGGGACAAUCAUCAAAUUUAGCGGUCAUUUCCAGCCACAAACUUUCUCCUUCAACUUGUCAGUCGAGGACAAUGACCAUCAAUCCACCUCUAGACAUCAAUCCAGCCCCACACAACCGAAUACGGUGCGUGCUGACAACGAUACUGUUCCGGUACAGGCUCCUCCAGAAAAAGUGACUGCAGGCGAAGAAGGGAUUCAACGUCUACCGUCGGGGCUUGUUGUAGCUGCCUUCAUGUCCUUCGUCGUCGCUUUGAGAACUUUAUCGCCAUCCUCACUCGACAGUAGAAUAUGA